AUGCAAGAUGAGUUGAUCAAGCAGUUAUCAGCAGAGCCCACAUCAAAAUAUUGGUCUGAGCUUGCAAAGGUCGCUUUAACUCAAAUCAUCCUCUUUAACCGUCGUAGAGAAGGAGAGGUAUCGUGUAUGCUCCUGUCUGCUUUCUUAUCCAGGGACAGCAGUGAUCCACAUGAUGAUCUAGAUUGGGCCCUCUCUGAAGUUGAGAAAAAACUCUGCAGGCACUUUUCCAGAAUUGUGAUCAGAGGAAAAAGAGGACGUCCAGUUCCCAUUCUGCUGACCCCUAAAAUGCUGAAUGCAGUAGAGUUGCUUGUGAAGAUCAGGGAGACUUGUGGAGUGCUGAAAGACAAUGUUUAUCUCUUUGCCCGGCCAUCAGCAAUGUCACAUUACAGAGGAUCAGAUUGUAUCCGCAGCUUUGCGAAGUCUUGUAAUGCAAAUAGUCCUGAUGCACUGACAUCCACAAAACUGCGAAAACAUGCUGCCACUCUUUCUACAGUUCUAAACUUGAAGGACACAGACAUGGAUCAGUUAGCAAACUUCCUGGGACAUGACAUCAGAAUUCAUAGGGAGUACUAUCGCCUUCCUGAAAAGACCCUCCAACUUGCAAAAGUCAGCAAAGUUCUUAUGGCAUUAGAACAAGGGAGACUUGCGGACUUCAAGGGCAAGAAUUUGGAUGAGAUCAAUAUUGACCCAAAUGAGGAGAUGGAGCUAAUUGAUGAUGAUGAAGGAAGAAGUGAGGUAGAGGAUGAAACAUAUGAAGAACUUGGAGAAGCAAUGCAAGAGGAGUCACCAGAAGCAACACAAGUACCACCACUUGACACUGCAGUUAUUUCCCUACCAGAGAGGAAGAAAUCACUGAAGCUACCUUCUGUUAAAGGUAAAACACGUGCACAGAAAAGAAGAAAAGCUUGGGAAGUGACCGAGAUCCAGGCCGUGGAAAGACACCUGAAAAACUUUAUCACUUCUUGCCGUGUCCAAGGGAAGCUACCUUGCGAACAUAGCAGAAAAACAGAGCUGUUCCUGAAGCUGAAGGAUUUUUUUUGGAAAGAGCACCAGUCAGCGCUGUGUCCCUGCCUUAUGGUCCCUGCCUUAUUUGCCAGUUAUGAUAUCAUUUUUCUAGACUGCAGAACAUGUGUGGUCAUCGGAAAUGGCUUUGCAAUCAAAAACAGCUCUGACAUAGUAAUCAGGUCAGGACAGGCUUCUUGGAAGCCACCUCCACAGAUUUGGCUUGGCCAAACCAGACAGCUCCGUAUCCUGGAUCCUUGCUUUCUCCAUUUCACUGCAAGCAAGCUGCUAGAGAUGCCAUUAGAACCAAAGAGGAAGCAGAAACGUGCCCAUCCAACCACAGGCAUUCUGGCUAUAUUCUUGGCUCUAAACUACUGUGAUGUGGUCCAUAUGGCUGGCUUUGGAUAUCCACCAUCUCAAAAUCCAAAACAGCCCAUCCACUACUAUGGCUCUGACACUAUGAAAUCCAUGAAGGACUCCUAUCAUGAUCUCGACCAUGAGGCACAAGCCUUGAAGAGACUGGAAGAUUUAGGGGCAAUUUGUCUUCAUCAACAUUCCUGA